UUCUCAUAGACUUAUAGUUUAUAUUAUAGAUGUCCAUCUGAUCUAUAGCUCUGCUUAAGAGUUCAAAUGCUUAAUCAUUCACUAGCGAGAUCUACUUUUUUCUACAGUGUACUGAAUUUUCCUUGGGUUUUGGAAAGUUGGGGUGGUCCAUUUUCUAAAUUCCUCACCUUAUACUACAACUUGUCAAAAAGUUUUAUUCAGAUUCCCCCUCAAAUGCUUCAUUAUUAAAAAUGCCAGUGAAGCCAUAACAAACAACCCUCCCUAGUUUUCUAUGAACAAGAAAACAUGAGCAGUGAAAUGAGAUUUCUUUGUCCUGCUACAACAUACCUUAGAAACUCAAAUUGGUUAUUUGAAGAAAACAAGGGAACAACAAAAUGGACUACUGAAGAGAACAAGAGGUUUGAGGAUGCACUAGCUUUAUUUGAUAAGGAAACUCCAGAUAGAUGGUAUAAUGUAGCAGCAAUGAUCCCUGGAAAAACUGUGAAUGAUGUGAUCAAACAGUAUAGAGAAUUAGUAGAAGAUAUUAGUGAUAUUGAGGCAGGUUUAAUACCAAUACCUGGCUACACAACUUGUACUAAUUCUUUCACAUUGGAGUGGAUUAAUCAUGAUCAAGAAGGCGAUUUCCACGACCUCAACAAGCGAUUCUGUGGUCCGUCUGGGAAGCGAAACACAUCAACGCGACCUUCUGAACACGAAAGGAAAAAGGGAGUGCCAUGGACUGAGGAAGAACACAAGCAAUUUCUGUUGGGGCUAAAAAAGUAUGGAAAAGGAGAUUGGAGAAAUAUCUCGCGCAAUUAUGUGACCACAAGGACACCAACACAAGUAGCUAGUCAUGCUCAGAAGUACUUUAUAAGACAACUUUCUGGAGGUAAAGAUAAGAGGAGAUCAAGUAUACAUGAUAUUACCACUGUCAAUAUUACAGAAAUGACGUCUCCUUCGCCCGAGAAUCAUACAUCCUCUAUCUCUCAAGACAAAUCUGCUCCUUCUCCACAAGAACAAGGUUUAUAUGAGUAUGAUUUGCCAAAUCAAGAAGCAGAUAUAGCAUUCAAGACAUUUGGAUUAAAGUUACAUGAAAGUGGAAUGCAUAGUUUUAUUCUGCAGGGACUCCAGUUUGGUCAGUACAAUGCUAUGUGAUCAGUUUGGAGAAUACUCAAAAUCAAUUCCAUGUUCUUUCAGAAAAAGCAAGAAAAAUGCCACUACCAGAACAAGAUAUGCUUAAAUUAGUUCAUAUUACUAAGCACUGGAACCAAAAGAGGGCUGCUCGUUAUUUAACAGAGUUAUGAUCUAUUGCUUCGCCCUGAUCGAUCAUCUGUUGUCUUUUCAAGUGUGUUUGAUGUUGAAAGCAUAUAUUCCUUUCAUGAUAAAUUCAGAGCUGUAGGAGGUUCAGCCUGAACCAGCCCAAGUUAAGCCCAAACCGUCCAUUUGCCACCGUUCAGCUAGAACAUAUUAAUAUUAUUGAUUAUAAUGGUAGCAAUAAAUCAAGUAGUUCCUUAAGAAAAUUGUGGUAGUUUUAGUUUGUAGUUCCUUGUUUUCAGCUCUGUAGAAGAAACAGUAUUACAGCUUGGACUUGUAUCCUCUAAUUCAGAGUUCAGUUCAUGAUUAUUAACAAGAGAAAAGAAAAAGGCAGUUGGCAUUAA